CUCAAACCUUCUGCCUGUCCCAUCCCCUCACCUACCAGCGGACCAGCCCCUCUGCUUCUCGCGAGCUCCCGAGCAGAGUUCGCCCCUUGCCCUCGCCAGACCUGGCCGCUCGUCCCCACCGCCCUCUUUCCCUUCUGCCCCUCCUCCCGGACCGCCUGCUAACCGCGGGCAGAAGGCCCGGAUCUCCGCGUCUAGAUCGGCGGCCCGCCUGGAGCAGCGGCAGUUUGCUGGUGGAUGCCAAUUUGCACAUUGACUGAAGACAACUAUCUUGGUUGAUCCUGAGGGCAAGAAGUAAUGAUCCGGCCAGGCUCCAAGGAGUCACAAAAUUAUGACAAUAAUAGCCAGAAAGUUUAUCCUCAACCCAUUGAUGAAAAUAUGAAUCAGAAUGUGGGCAGUAUGAUUGGAAGUAUAUUCAAUAACAUAUCCUCUUUAAAGGCUGCAUACAUUCAGCUGCAGGAAGCUCACACCCCAUAUGACCCAGACAAGAUACAAACUGCUGAUAGGCUUGUCAUAGAUGAGCUCACAAGGCUUUCAGAACUCAAGCAUACGUACAGAGAGAAAAAUCCUAAGCCAGUAGCAGCAUCACCUCAAGAUUCACGCUUGCUUAAUGAAAUACAGGAGCAGCAGAACUUGUUAAAGACAUAUGAGGUCAUGGUAAAGAAGUUCCAGUCCCAGAUCCAGAACAGAGAUAACGAGAUUACCCAUUUACAGCAGCAAACCGAUGAGGCCAAACAUCGGAAAUCAAAACUGGAGAAAAAACUGAAACAAAGGGGACUACUUAACAAGGAAUCCGAGGAAUCUGAUGAAGAAGAGAACUACUUCUCCGUUGAGCUGACACCAAGUCUAUUUACAUCUACUGCUGAUAAUGCGUACCAAUCAAUACAUGAUUUCUCAAAGCCCUUGAUCAACAUGAUGAAAGCUGCAGGAUGGGAUCUUGACGCUGCUGCUGAUGCAAUUGAACCUGAUGUAGUGUACUCGAGGAGAGCUCACAAGAAGUACGCGUUCGAGUCCUACAUCUGCCAAAGAAUGUUCAGCGGUUUCCACGAAGAGAGCUUUUCCAUCAAGGCUGCUAAUGCAACUGUUUCUAACGAGGCUUUCUUCCAUCAAUUCCUCGCAGUACGGGCCAUGGAUCCUUUGGAUGUAUUGAGCCAAAACCCAGACUCAGUGUUUGGGAAGUUCUGCAGAAGCAAAUACCUAUUGCUUGUGCACCCGAAGAUGGAAGGUUCUUUCUUUGGCAACAUGGAUCAGAGAAACUAUGUCAUGAGUGGUGGCCAUCCAAGGACACCUUUCUAUCAGGCAUUUCUCAAGCUGGCGAAGUCUAUAUGGUUGUUGCACAGGCUGGCGUACUCUUUUGAUCCAAAGGUCAGGAUUUUCCAGGUGAAGAAGGGAAGCGAGUUCUCGGAGAUUCACAUGGAAAGUGUUGUGAAGAACAUCGUCUUGGAUGAAAGUGCCGAGAGGCCUAAGGUUGACUUGAUGGUGAUGCCUGGUUUCCUGAUCGGGGCUAGCGUCAUACAGUGCAGAGUCUACCUUUCUGAUGUCAAAUGUACCGAGUAAAAAUGUUGCGGUUGCUUCAGAAGAUUCAGGGCGUUUCACAUCCUGCGAGAUCAUUAAGGUGGGCAACUUUGUAUGUCUUGUCUGGUAGCAACACCUUUGUGAGAAAAAAAUAGUAUGAUUUUUAUCAUUAGAGGACUAUAUAAUGUCUUUCUUUCUGUUUUGUGAUGUAAUCCCGUCCCAACGUUUGGUCUAUAUAUAAAUUGGCAGUGCUAUGUGGAA